CACUUUGGCCACAGGAAGAAAGGAGAGAGCAUGGCAGUGCUGCAGAGGAGCGUAGUGGCUGCUGUCCCCGCGGGGAGACACACGGCUUCGGUCAUCUUCCUCCAUGGUUCAGGUGAUACUGGCCCAGGAGUAAGAGACUGGAUAAAGCAAGUUUUGAAGCAGGAUUUGUCAUUUCAGCAUAUAAAAGUUAUUUAUCCAACAGCUCCUGUCAGACCAUAUACACCUAUGAGAGGUUCCUUGUCCAAUGUGUGGUUUGACAGAUAUAAGAUCUCUUACGAUUGCCCAGAACAUAUUGAAACCAUUGAUUCCAUGUGUCAAGCACUUACAGGUUUGAUUGAUGAUGAAGUUAAAAACGGCAUCAAGAAGAACAGGAUACUCCUGGGUGGAUUUUCAAUGGGUGGAGGCAUGGCAAUGCAUCUUGCUUAUGGGUAUCAUCAAGAUGUGGCAGGAGUAUUUGCUCUUUCAAGCUUCCUCAAUAAGAACUCUGUUGUUUAUCAGGCACUAAAAAAGGAAGGACAAGAACUCCCCGAAUUAUUUCAGUGUCAUGGAACUGCUGAUGAGCUAGUUUUGUAUUCUUGGGGUGAAGAAACCAACAAGAUGUUAACUUCUCUGGGUGUAACAACUACAUUUUUGAGUUUACCAAAUCUUUAUCAUGAAAUGAAUAAAAGUGAACUAGAAAAACUGCAAGCAUGGAUUUUGAAGAAAUUACCAGAACAGUGCUGAACGAUGAUCAAUAAUGGAACACGUAUCUCAUAUGCAAGUUGAGUAUCUCUUAUCAGAAAAGCUUGGGACCAGAAGUUUUUUUAGAUUUUAUAGUUUUUGGAUGUUGAAAUAACUAUAUUUGCAUAGAUAUACAAAGUUAGAUAUCCUGGAGAUGAAGCCCAAGUCUAAACAUGAGAUUUAUUGAUUUUUCACAUGCACCUUAUAAACAUAAUGUAAAGGUAAUUUUAUUUAGUAUUUUAAAUAAUUUUGUCCAUGAACGAUCAGAAAGCAAAUCUCAUUAUCUUAGCUAUCCAUGUGGACAAUGUCGGUUUCUGGAAUAUUUUAGAUUCUGGGUUUCUAAAUGAGGGAUGCUCAACCUAUAUCAAUUAGAAUAUUAAUAUAUUAUUAAACUUUUGGAAGUAUAAAUUUUAGGUUUAUUCCUUAAAUUUUCCUGAUCUUGUUUGUCUGUAUCUUCUUAUAUAGAAUAGCAUUAAAAAGAUUUAUCAAACAUUAAAAAUUCCUGUUCGUUAUAAUGGGAAACGUGUGUGUGUUAGUGAAGUAGUGAACGUUUUCAAAAUGUUUCUCACAAUGGCCAUCUUAAUAUGAACCUAGCAUGGGAUUUUCUGGAGCUGAGUGUAUGACUUACCCAAGGUCACAGAAUGGUUUCUAUGGUCAAGUGGGAAAUGGAAUCCUGGUCUCCAGAGUGGUCCACUGUACUAAACUCAUGUCUGGUCUACAGUACAUUGCAAUUGUCACUAGGGGUUGAAAAUGCCCCAUAACAUAUUCAAUACCAGUUUUUGGGGUGGGGAUCCUGGUGAAGUGGGUUACAUAAAACUUAAGUACAACUCAACAAAAUCAGCAAUCAGAGUUUGGUGUUGAAAGAAAUGGAAUGAAGUCUCCUGGAGAACUGCAUUCUUAAGUCCUUGAAACACAGGACAGGAGCAUCCCACAAUGCAGUGUUUUGUUGCAGGUCCCACUUGUACUGCACAACUUAGCCAAAACUUGAUUAUGUUGUUCUUCAGUUUAUUUCCAUCAAAACAAGAUGAUGAGAUGGGAAGAUAGAAUUGUUACCAUAUAUGGACUUUUUUAAAAGAGGCACUCUUAUUUAUGUUAUAUAAUUUAGUGUGACUUAACUUCCAGAAGUCAUAGCUGCAUUGAUGAUAUGAUGAUUAUAACCAAAAUUAUUCCAAAGACUGCAGGGCAUUUGUGCUGACAAAAAGUGAAAAAGAAAAGAUAAUAGGCAAACCUUCUGUAAAUGUGUAAUGAAAUCAUCUUUGGCUCGAUCUCACCUCUUUUUUUUUUCUUAAAAGUUGAUGCUUCUGUAAGCAAAAUAAUGGAGUCUUCUAAAGGCCUGGCAGUGCUAUCGUUAGAAUGGCAAGCCUUUCCUCACUAUGAAAGCAAAUGUUCUGAAAGUGUGUUUGAUUAAUGCCAGACAACUGACUUUUCUAAUAUUCUUCAUGUGGUAGGAGAAUUUGUGAUCCUGUCGUCAGGACUACAGAACUGCUUUUGUUAUGUUCUUGGCUCAAAGAGGAUGACUUGCCCAAGAUCACCCCAUGGAAUUUAAAUGCUGGUCUUCCAGAGUCUUUUGGCUCAUCUACACUGGCCACCUAUUCUGGCCACCAAUAUGCAGCAGACUCUGGAGGCCCCAGAACUGGUCACAAGCUAUCUCCAAUCUGAUGGUGGAAUGGAAUACAGAUGGUCCAGCUGGUCCAAGAUAGCUUUGGCCUUUUGGGCCACCACACUGUCUGUGUUGUCGUUGCUGCCGGAUUACCACAGAACUCUGAAAGCUGCAGGGUGUCCACAUAGUCAAUGAGAAGAAAUGGGCGGUUCCCCCCUUCCUUCUUCCUAGUUGUGUGAGUGCCUCUGCUAAUGUCAACACCAGUUGUCCACAGUGAUUCCGGCCAUGAAAGCCUUCAACAAUACAUAACUUAAUUUUUUACCAAGUUACUUUUCAGGGAAUUGGGGAAGUAUUGUUCAGAUAUUUGCUGCUCCAGGAAAGACUUCUGACCAAAUUUGGUGCAAUGGGCUUGGAUAUGGGUACUUUGUGGGGGCGGCCAGCUAAAUAAACUUUCUGCAAGGGAUGCCUAUUGUUUACAAGGCACACAAAUGUAAAAGGGAGAGCUCUAGUUCAUUGAAAGGCUCCCAGUUCAGUCCUUGGCAUCUCCAGAGAAUUGGAGGAGAACCCUUAAUUGCUGCUAUCACUCAAUGUUAGUAAUAUUGAACCUAUUGGAUCAAUGAUCUGACUUGGUAUAAGACGAUUUUCUUGGAAGAGCCAAAAAGUACAGAAACUCUUACUAUCAAUAAUAUUUUGUAUUAAUUCCAACUAAGUCACAUCUUUUAGUUUUAUUCCAAAUAAAUGUUUUUAUAAAAGGCAUGCCAAUCAA